AUGAAAUCGUUUGGGCUUCUAUUGCUUCUGUCUGCUUCCCAAGUGGCAGCAAAGCUUGGUGAAUCGCAUGCUCAGCAAGCGAAUAAUGCUGACCAACAAGAGCGACGAAUGGCCUUGCAAUUUCAUGGAUCGAACCCUUCGUUCAAGCUUGGUCGUUGUGAGGGAGAUUGCGACCGAGAUUCCGAUUGUUUCAACUCGAAUGGGGAGCAAGAAGGCAUGGUUUGCUUCCAAAGAUACAAUCCAAACGAACCCGUUCCAGGCUGUUCUGGAGGCGAUUCUGAUAUCAGUUUGUCGGACUAUUGCAUCCGAACGAGUGACUUGAAUCGAGGGACUCCCACGAACAACAAUAACAACAACAACAACAACAACAUCGACACCAGCAACAACGACAAUGCCAAUGUAGGAAAAUCGGCAACCACCACCACCACCACUGCGGCAGUCCCCAUCAAAUGGAGUACCAACUUUCCUCUGGCCUUGUGCGAAGGGGACUGCGAUACUGAUUUUGAUUGUCAAGGAGGUCUGGUUUGCUUCCAACGAGGCGGAAAGCAGUCUGUUCCUGGAUGCCUUGGAGCCGAACAUGAUUGGUCCAUGACAGACUAUUGCGUUCCCAAACCUGGAUCCAAUCCAACUACUCCACAAACGGGAGACCUGAAAAUUGAAUGGAGCACGACAUUUCCACUGAAGCGUUGCCAAGGAGACUGUGAUUCCGACAUUGACUGUCAAGGGAACCUCAAAUGCUUCCAACGAACUGGCGGCAUGACCGUACCAGGUUGCAUCGGCGCCGAAUUAGACUCGAGUGAUGUCGAUUAUUGCUUUGAUGAUGCCAAUCGACAGGGACCUCCAGGCCCUCCAGCGAAUCCUCCAGCACCAACGAAUCCUCCGGCUCCAGUCGACAACGGAAGAACGGCCUAUUACGUUGGUGAUGGAGACUUUAGCGGAAACCCUCUUUCCGUAUGUCAGGGAGAUUGCGACACCAACGCGGAUUGUCAAGAUGGUUUGUUCUGUUGGCAACGGGACCAAGAUGAGGCCAUGCCAUAUUGUACCGGAGCAGCAGGUGCUAUCGACUACUGUCUUCCAAAGUCCGAGUCCCCUGGCAAAAAGAUAAGAUUGUACUGGGACAAUUACUUUUGGCAGGAAACUUUCGAGGAAGCCUUCUGGUGUAUGGAGUGCACGGCAUGUGAUACUCUGACGGUCGGAGAUGGUUGGGAAGGAGGUUGCAAGGAUCCUCCCACUGGCAAGUGUGAGGAAGGACAUUUGAUUUGGAUCCAAAAAUGCAAAGAAGUCCGAGAUCGGUUUGAUAUUGUCCAAAACUCUGGAUCCGGUGAUCAGAUCCGUGUGCAUGGUACCAACUUGUGCUUCACCAACCGAGAAAAUCGAUGGUUGGAGCUGCGACCAUGCGACAAGAACAUAUCGAAUCAAUUGUGGGCGCCCAUGAACAACCGUGGCAAGUUUGAGAUACGACCGUGGUACCAACGCAGUUUCUCCUCCAAAGAUGCCCUUUGUGUUUCGCAACUGCAUCAUCCCAAGGCCACCGAAGUACUUUCCAUGAAAGAAUGUUGGCUGAACAUCCACUACGAAACCAACUACUGGACGGAGUGGUACUGA